AAGUACUCGCUAUCACUCAGCUCUCUGUCGAGUGAAAGUUUCUGUCUCGAUUAUCUCUGUUUCCUGCUCUCUCUCACACACGCUCUCACCUUUUGCUAGCUCUGUCUUAUUGUCUGUCCCCUCACAAAAACCAAACAGCGAUAAAGCACAAGCAAAUAUCCCGUCGAAAUGUAUUGACCAAAGCCGUCCACACCUGUUUAAUGUUUCGGGCCAUGUCAAUCUGUUUCCUCGAAAUGUUUGUGUCAAUGUACAUAGGACUGAGAAGUUAACUGCCUGUAGCCGUAUCAAGCUUUUGCCAAUUGAUAUGGUUAACUUAUACUCCCAAUGCUUAGUUACAAGCCAAAAGUCCGAGUCGAACGACUUAUAACCCCACAAUCAGGUGCUUUACGCCACAAGCACAGCAACCAAGCUGAAGCACGUUAAUGAAGAGAGUUAUUGAAGCUUGAUCUGAAGAUCAAUUAAAGUCGCCAAACAAAACUACCAAUAACAAAAAGACACUUUUACAAGAAAACUCUUCUGAACAUUCACACACGCUCAUGCUCACAGUGAUAAUAAUUAAUUUAUUAAUCAAAGCCUCCCGAAUACUUGUACUAUGAAAAUUUUAACCUUUGAUUCUAAAUAAACGGUAAUAAGAUGUAAUACUAAUGGUAAAAUUAAACCAACACCAAUAUGUAGCUAACUAAUAGUAAAGGCGUUCGUUUCUAAUUUGAAAUUGAUUAACCGUAUAAUAGUUAUAAAGCUUUCCAUAUUUGUUUACAUUUGCAGUCGUAUGCAACAGGUUAGACCGAAAUCUCAAUCAGUAUUCCCCUAGGUACGCCCCUCUGUAUAUAUAGUGCACCUUCCUUAUUGUUGUAGCUUUACACUUUCUAUCCUAUAUUUGGUACAUACUUGUAAAUAUUUUAACGUAUUUUUUAUUUUUUAAAUUUUACACUUUUGUUUAAAAAUAUGUACAAAAUACUCCACUCAAAAAAUCAAAAUUGUGUAAAAACAAAAAAAUGAAAAUUUGAAGAAGCUAAGCCAGGUGGCAACUGUACCUCAGACGAAGAUUGCAGUGAAAUGCAUCAAUGUGGACCGUUAGGUCAAUGUAUCGAUCUCUGUCACACCUUCUGUGCAAAGGGUGUAAAGUGUGUAACGUCAGCUCAUAGGGUUACCGUAUGCAUUUGUCCAGCCACCGUGACGACGAACUCUAACUGCAUUCCAAAAGAUACAGAACUCGAGACUACACCACAACCAAUAGAAACUACUACCGACUCUAUUAAAAUUAAAUACACUGUUAUGCAAUUGGCAAAUCAAACCGAAAUGAGAACCCGCUUUACCGAUAUAGAAGCUGAAACGGAAACUACAGCUUCCUACACAAGUACAACCGAGUCUUAUAAAACAACAAAACAACUGUUUAUUGAUAUAAGUUCUACCGAUCCCUAUAACGUCACUUCAACCACUACUGGAUCUCUUAGAACUACCCAAACCGAACGUCCCGAAACCACUAUUCCCACAGUAACAACAGACAGACAUACUGACAUACCUACAACUCCGCCGGCACGAACCACACCUGAAGGAAUAAUUGAACAAAGGCCAGAAUUUACGAGCAAAGUACCAACUACAGAGUACGACGAUGAGACACAUCUUCCCCCAAUAACAACGGAAAGACACAUCGACUUACCAAAAACAUUACCUUCCAAAACAUCACCUACUGGAAUUCCUGAACAAACGACGGCUUCUGUUACAGAAGUACCAAGAACUGAAAUACCACUUACGGAAGUACCAACUACAAAGUCGAUCGAAAGAUCCACACUUGGUCCAGUGACAACCGAAAGAGACACCGACAGACCCACAACUUUAGGUCCAGGCACUACUGCUAUUGGAAUAACUGAAACGACAGAGUCUGUAAGGGAAGUAUCCACUACGAAAUCAGUUUAUACUUCUACUCUUGGUCCAGUAACAACGGAUAGGCACACCGACAUACCAACAACAUUACCUCCUAAAACAACACCUACUGAAAUUCCUGAACAAACGACGGCCUCUGUUACAGAAGUACCAAGAACUGAAAUACCAACUACGGAAGUACCAACUACAAAGUCGAUCGAUAGAUCCACACUUGGUCCAGUGACAACCGAAAGAGACACCGACAGACCCACAACUUUAGGCACUACUGCUACUGGAAUAACUGAAACGAUAGAGUCUCUAAGGGGAGAAUCCACUACGAAAUCAGUUUAUACUUCUACUCUUGGUACAGUAACAACGGAUAGGCACACCGACAUACCAAUAACAUUACCUCCUAGAACAACACCUACUGGAAUUCCUGAACAAACGACGGCUUCUGUUACAGAAGUACCAAGAACUGAAAUACCAACUAGGGAAGUUCCAACUACAAAGUCGAUCGAUAGAUCCACACUUGGUCCAGUGACAACCGAAAGAGACACCGGCAGACCCACAACUUUAGGUCCAGGCACUACUGCUACUGAGAUGACUGAAACGACAGAGUCUGUAAGGGAAGAAUCAACUACGAAAUCAGUCUAUACUUCUACUCUGGGUCCAGUAACAACGGAUAGGCACACCGACAUACCAACAACAUUACCUCCUAGAACAACACCUACUGGAAUUCCUGAACAAACGACGGCAUCUGUUACAGAAAAACCAAGAACUGAAAUACCAACUACAAAGUCGAUCGAUAGAUCCACUCUUGGUCCAGUGACCACCGAUAGAGACAUCGACAGACUCACAACUUUAGGUCCAGGCACUACUGCUACUGGAAUAACUGAAACGAUAGAGUCUCUAAGGGAAGAAUCAACUACGAAAUCACUUUAUACUUCUACUCUUGGUCCAGUAACAACGGAUAGGCAAACCGACAUACCAACAACAUUACCUCCUAGAACAACACCUACUGGAAUUCCUGAAAAAACGACGGCUUCUGUUACAGAAGUACCAAGAACUGAAAUACCAACUAGGGAAGUUCCAACUACAAAGUCGAUCGAUAGAUCCACACUUGGUCCAGUGACAACCGAUAGAGGCACUGGCAGACCCACAACUUUAGGUCCAGGCACUACUGCUACUGGAAUAACUGAAACGACAGAGUCUGUAAGGGGAGAAUCCACUACGAAAUCAGUCUAUACUUCUACUCUUGGUCCAGUAACAACGGAUAGGCACACCGACAUACCAACAACUUUACCUCCUAGAACAACACGUACUGGAAUUCCUGAACAAACGACGGCUUCUGUUACGGAAGUACCAAGAACUGAAAUACCAACUACGGAAGUACCAACUACAAAGUCGAUCGAUAGAUCCACACUUGGUCCAGUGACAACCGAAAGAGACACCGACAGACCCACAACUUUAGGCACUACUGCUACUGGAAUAACUGAAACGACAGAGUCUGUAAGGGAAGUUUCCACUACGAAAUUAGUUUAUACUUCUACUCUUGGUCCAGUAACAACGGAUAGGCACACCGACAUACCAACAACAUUACCUCCUAGAACAACACCUACUGGAAUUCCUGAACAAACGACGGCUUCUGUUACGGAAGUACCAAGAACUGAAAUACCAACUACGGAAGUACCAACUACAAAGCCGAUCGAAAGAUCCACACUUGGUCCAGUGACAACCGAUAGAGACAGUGGCAGACCCACAACUUUAGGUCCAGGCACUACUGCUACUGGAAUAACUGAAACGACAGAGUCUGUAAGGGAAGAAUCCAGUACGAAAUCAGUUUAUACUUCUACUCUGGGUCCAGUAACAACGGAUAGGCACACCGACAUACCAACAACAUUACCUCCUAGAACAACACCUACUGGAAUUCCUGAACAAACGACGGCUUCUGUUACGGAAGUACCAAGAACUGAAAUACCAACUACGGAAGUACCAACUACAAAGCCGAUCGAAAGAUCCACACUUGGUCCAGUGACAACCGAUAGAGACACCGACAGACUCACAACUUUAGGCACUACUGCUACUGGAAUAACUGAAACGACAGAGUCUGUAAGGGAAGUAUCCACUACGAAAUCAGUUUAUACUUCUACUCUUGGUCCAGUAACAACGGAUAGGCACACCGACAUACCAACAACAUUACCUCCUAAAACAACACCUACUGAAAUUCCUGAACAAACGACGGCCUCUGUUACAGAAGUACCAAGAACUGAAAUACCAACUAGGGAAGUACCAACUACAAAGUCGAUCGAUAGAUCCACACUUGGUCCAGUGACAACCGAAAGAGACACCGACAGACCCACAACUUUAGGUCCAGGCACUACUGCUAUUGGAAUAACUGAAACGACAGAGUCUGUAAGGGAAGUAUCCACUACGAAAUCAAUUUAUACUUCUACUCUUGGUCCAGUAACAACGGAUAGGCACACCGACAUACCAACAACAUUACCUCCUAGAACAACACCUACUGGAAUUCCUGAACAAACGACGGCAUCUGUUACAGAAGUACCAAGAACUGAAAUACCAACUACGGAAGUACCAACUGCAAAGUCGAUCGAUAGAUCCACACUUGGUCCAGUGACAACCGAAACAGACACCGACAGACCCACAACUUUAGGUCCAGGCACUACUGCUACUGGAAUAACUGAAACGAUAGAGUCUCUAAGGGAAGAAUCAACUACGAAAUCAGUUUAUACUUCUACUCUUGGUCCAGUAACAACGGAUAGGCACACCGACAUACCAACAACAUUACCUCCUAGAACAACACCUACUGGAAUUCCUGAACAAACGACGGCAUCUGUUACAGAAGUACCAAGAACAGAAAUACCAACUACGGAAGUACCAACUACAAAGUCGAUCGAUAGAUCCACACUUGGUCCAGUGACAACCGAAAGAGACACCGACAGACCCACAAUUUUAGGUCCAGGCACUACUGCUACUGGAAUAACUGAAACGACAGAGUCUGUAAGGGAAGAAUCCAGUACGAAAUCAGUUUAUACUUCUACUCUGGGUCCAGUAACAACGGAUAGGCACACCGACAUACCAACAACAUUACCUCCUAGAACAACACCUACUGGAAUUCCUGAACAAACGAUGGCUUCUGUUACGGAAGUACCAAGAACUGAAAUACCAACUACGGAAGUACCAACUACAAAGUCGAUCGAUAGAUCCACACUUGGUCCAGUGACAACCGAAAGAGACACCGACAGACCCACAACUUUAGGUCCAGGCACUACUGCUACUGGAAUAACUGAAACGACGGAGUCUGUAAGGGAAGAAUCCAGUACGAAAUCAGUUUAUACUUCUACUCUGGGUCCAGUAACAACGGAUAGGCACACCGACAUACCAACAACAUUACCUCCUAGAACAACACCUACUGGAAUUCCUGAACAAACGACGGCUUCUGUUACGGAAGUACCAAGAACUGAAAUACCAACUACGGAAGUACCAACUACAAAGUCGAUCGAAAGUUCCACACUUGGUCCAGUGACAACCGAUAGAGACAGUGGCAGACCCACAACUUUAGGUCCAGGCACUACUGCUACUGGAAUAACUGAAACGACAGAGUCUGUAAGGGAAGAAUCCAGUACGAAAUCAGUUUAUACUUCUACUCUGGGUCCAGUAACAACGGAUAGGCACACCGACAUACCAACAACAUUACCUCCUAGAACAACACCUACUGGAAUUCCUGAACAAACGACGGCAUCUGUUACAGAAGUACCAAGAACUGAAAUACCAACUACAGAAGUACCAACUACAAAGUCGAUCGAUAGAUCCACACUUGGUCCAGUGACAACCGAAAGAGACACCGACAGACCCACAACUUUAGGUCCAGGCACUACUGCUACUGAGGUGACUGAAACGACAGAAUCUGUAAGAGAAGAAUCAACUCCGCAAUCAGUUUAUACUUCUACUCUGGGUCCAGUAACAACGGAUAGGCACACCGACAUACCAACAACAUUACCUCCUAGAACAACACCUACUGGAAUUCCUGAACAAACGACGGCAUCUGUUACAGAAAAACCAAGAACUGAAAUACCAACUACAAAGUCGAUCGAUAGAUCCACUCUUGGUCCAGUGACUACCGAUAGAGACACCGGCAGACCCACAACUUUAGGUCCAGGCACUACUGCUACUGAGAUGACUGAAACAACAGAGUCUGUAAGGGGAGAAUCAACUACGAAAUCAGUUUAUACUUCUACUCUUGGUCCAGUAACAACGGAUAGGCACACCGACAUACCAACAACAUUACCUCCUAGAACAACACCGCCUGGAAUUCCUGAACAAACGACGGCUUCUGUUACAGAAGUACCAAGAACUGAAAUACCAAUGACAGAAGUACCAACUUUAAAGUCGGUCGAUAGAUCCACUCUUGGUCCAGUGACAACCGACAAACCCACAACAUUACCUCCAGGCACUACUGAUACUCGAAUGACUGAAACGACUGAGACUUUAGGGAAAGAAACAAAGGCAGUAUAUACUUCUACUCUUGGUCCUGUCGCAAUGGAUAGAUUCACCGAGCCACCCACAACUAUGUCUCCUAGCACUACACCAAGUGGAAGAACUAAGCAAACGACUGAAUCCUUAGAAGAAGUAACAACAACCCAAGCUGUCGGUGCAUCUACUCUUGGUCCAGUAACAGCCGAUACUGCUACCGGCUUACCCACAAGUUUACCUUCUGGAACUACAGAAACAACUGAACAAACAACGGAUUCUUUAAGCGAAGUACAAACAACAACACCUGUUGUUCAAAUUACAAUGGACAAACAAACCGACACACCACAUUCGGAAACUAUGUCACAUGUUACAGAAGGAUCAAUACAUUAUUAUACCUCAACAGAGGUUUAUGUUCCGCCAUUGACUACCAUUUCCCCUGUUUUAAACGAUUCCACUCCUAUAUCGGUUCUAAAACCUGGUUCUGGUGAUAUGCCAAGUACAACGGACAUGACAGUUACCCAAGUAACAGACACUGAGACGAGUUGUAGAACAGAACAGGACUGCUUACACGACCAAACUUGCUUAGGAGGGCUUUGCAUAUCGCCUUGUGCACACUUUACUAAUCUCUGCACUGUGCAGAACCUGACUAUUUGUCGUACAUCAAACCACACCACAAUGUGCUUCUGUGAUACCGCCGAUGAUGUAAAUAGACCCGAUUGCUCUAUGAAAGCAGGUAACUAAAGUUGUGUAUAUAAGCUGUAAGUCUUGUUAUCGAAUCAUAUUGAAUGAAUUGCAAGGAACCUCAGGGUUGCGGUAAACCGGCAUCGUGGCAUCGCUGACUACUUUCAACGCCAUUCACAUAACUGGCAAAUUGUAGUAGCCUACUUCAGUUUGAUGUCAUGUGUUCUUUCUCUUCUCUCGGAUUUUCAGCCAUUAUCCUUCUGGUGGCACAUAUCGUAUACUUAUGUAUGAUCGGCCAUUCGUAUCGUGCGGGCACCUUGCAUGCAACCAUAUGGAUUUUUCCGCAAUACCCGUGUGUUCUUUGUUCUCCAAUUUUCCAAUUGCAUUUGUCUCUGUUCCCCUCUUCUUACUGCUUGUCCGGCUGUAUUUCGAUAAAGGCCUUGCACCGUCACCCACCGUUCUCUUUACCACAAGCAGCACCCGAGAUAGUUCAACAUAUGUGUGUCAAAAAAAAAAAAAAAGCUUUUGAUCGAAUGCUAGUCCUUGGGAGGUCACUCUCUAGCGCAGUCGUUUUGCAUGUCGAUUUGUGUUGCAAUGUUGAUCGUUCAUGUUAGUUGCCUGCUUUUUGUCUGCCUGCUGCAAAAAACAUCAUCCAAACCUGUGCCAUCGUCCACACCACCUAAAUGUUUCUCAUUUUGUUCUCUGAAUGAUCUCAACUCGCAUGUUUCUAUUCUCAGCGCGACAUAUUUCAGUUGUGAUUAAAUCUGUGUUGAUUUUGUUGUAUUUAGUACAUACGUUGUCGUAAUCAUGUAUCGUAAGUGUAUUAGUCCGUAGAAAAACCGUUGCAUGUGGUAUUUGGAUUACUAACAAUAACAAAACUUAGCUAAUAAUGAAAUGCACUAACUCACUUAAUGCUUUUGCAUGUGUAUAUGUUGUUAUACGCAACAACUGAAAACUAAACUAUAUUUAACCAUUUAGUUUGCUUGAAUCUGGAGUUGAAAGGCUAGAAUAAGGAUUCUAUAUUUAAAGAGAAGUCUACUAACUGCAUUGAAAAAUAAUUCAAAAAGAAAACAACCUACCGAACAGGAUUCUUGACAUAAAUAAAAGGAAUGACUUAAAUUGUAACGACCUUAUAUUAACGCACUAAUGUGCUAAGAUAAAAUGACUUGGGGGAUCCUAACUAAUUAAUGUCCUACGCUUU